UCCCUCCCUUUCUUUCAUUCCCAGAAACUCGGCCAAAAAACCCUAGCACUGUAAGCCUACACCACCGCCGCAAGGAGUGGCAUACUGCCGCCGUCCGUCCGUCUAUCUAGCUUAGCUCGUGCUCCAAGUCUUCAACCCCUGUUCGCUGUCACCGAUCGCAGCUGCUUCCUCGAGCUCGGCGUCCGUCGUCUUUGUCUGCUCAGCCGCGCUUCCGCCGCCGUUUGUUUUCCGUUCACGUUCGCGUCUUCGUUCAGCCGUCGUCUUCGUUGGCGUUCUUCGCCGUUCAAGUUUGCUCGGCGUUCACCGUUCGCGUUCACUCGCCGUUAACCGUUCGGGUUCGCAUUCGCGUUCGUCUGGAAGCCACGUUGCUCUGCUUCAAACUCUGCGCGCGCUCCACCUAGCCGUCGAACUGCUCUCUUUUGUCGCCGCCGAAAGCGGGGAAUGAAGGAGAAGGGGAGGAGCAGGAGCAGGAGCAGGAGGGAAAGGUGAUUAAGAUUAAGAGACGUGUGUGCGCGCGUAGGGUUGAGUAUUAGGUGUAGCCAUGUCUACUAGCUGGCGUUCCAGCACUGCCGUUUCAUCACCGCCAAUCCCAAUUCCAAUUCCAAUUCCAAUUCCAAUCCCCAACGAGGAGCCUUCAUCAUUCUCCACCUCCGUCUUCAACUUCUCCUCCGGAAACCCUAGGAUCGAGGAGACCCGCGGCCUCAUGCAUCUCUUCCCCGACCAAGAUCCCCCUUCUACCCUCCCUUUUGGACGCAAACCCCUCGUCUGCGUCGUCGGCGUCCCCAAUCACAUGACCUACGCCGACUUCUGCCAGUUCUGUGGUUCCUUCCUUCACCACAUCCUUGAGAUGCGCAUUGUCAGGUACUACCCUCCCUCCUUCCCCCUUCUGUUCUUCCCUUCACUGCUCUCUCUCACUUUCUUUCCUUCUUGUUUCAGAAUGGAUGGAACGGAAGAUCAGUACAGCGUUUUGAUCCGCUUCGACGAUCAAGACUCCACCGACAGCUUCUUCAAGCAUUACAAUGGCCGCCGUUUCUCCUCUCUGGUUGAGGUUUGCCGUGUUCUUUUCACGUUGGAUGUGCAGUACACUGGUUCCAUUGAACAUGCCCAACCAUCCAAUGCUACCUCCACUGAACAGCCCACAUGUCCAGUUUGCCUUGAGCGGUUAGAUCAAGACACCAGUGGAAUUCUCACCACUAUAUGUAAUCAUUCUUUUCAUUGUUCGUGCAUAUCAAAAUGGGCUGAUUCUUCUUGUCCUGUGUGCCGCUAUUGCCAACAGCAAGCUGAAAAAUCGAUAUGUUCUGUUUGUCGGACCACUGAGAACCUUUGGAUAUGUGUUAUAUGCGGAUUUGUUGGCUGUGGAAGAUAUAAAGCAGGACAUGCCAUCAUGCACUGGAAAGAGACACAGCAUUGCUAUGCCCUAGAUGUGGAAACUAAGCGUGUGUGGGAUUUUGCGGGAGACAACUAUGUUCAUAGACUUAUUCAGUCCAAAACCGAUGGGAAGUUGGUUGAGCUGAACACUCACUGUGUUCAUGCAGAGAAUGGGUGUGGAAGUUGCAGCUGUGAAGAUAAUUCUAUGAGCGAGGCUUUACUUAAUAGUAAAGUUGAAGCAAUUGUCAAUGAGUACAAUGAAUUGCUUGCUACUCAACUUGAAAACCAAAAAUCUUAUUUUGAGUCAUUGUUACAAGAGGUAAAAGAAGAAACUGAGACAAAAAUCUCUAAAGCUGUUCAGAAGGCUGUCAGUCUUAAACAACAGAAGAUUCAGGCCAAGAUUGACAGAUGUAACAAAGAGAAGAAAUUUCUGGAGGAGCUUAAUGAGAAUCUUGUUAAAAAUGAGGAUGCUUGGAAAGCAAAGUUGCUUGAGAUUGAGGAGAGGGAAAGAAAAUUCUUAAAACUGUCGGAGGAGAGAGUAGCAAACCUGGAAGAGCAGCUUAGAUAUCUCAUGACUUGUCUAGAUGAUGUGAAGCCGGAACAGCAACAGUUGCCUGAGCAUAACGAAAUCAAAGAUGGGCUUGUGUCUGCCUCAUCAAAGGAAUCCUCGUCAACUAAUAACUCUCAGGUUGGCAAAAAUCCAUAAAUACAAGAAUCAUCCGGCUAAAGUCCUCACACUGAUUUGAAUCAUUCGUGUUAUGUUCAUAAAAAUUGUGCAUAUGGAUCCAUUAGUAUAGAUGUUUCAACCUGAAAUUUUUGUUGUUUCGAACUGUGGUGUAUAUCUUGAAUCUAUUCAGUUCUGUAAAUAGAGAGUACUAAUAUUGGAUUGA